CAGUCGAUGAGUGAAACAAGUCUGAAUUCGUAUUCCGACCGAGAAAUAGAGUCUUCUUUGAAAGAUUUGUUGGAGAGAAUCUUAAUUUAAUUGGAGAAGUACAUUGAAACAAAAAGUGAUCUGAAUGAAAUCGAGAAGGAAUUGAAGGAUUAUGAGAACCUAACUCAAUUAGCCAACAUAAUCAAAGUCGUCUUCACCAAUCUGAUCUUGAAAAUUGACAAAAAAGUCCAGUAAACAUAUUAAUCAUCUAAGAAAGUUGGAGAAGAAUUUGGAUCCAAAUUCCUCUUUUAAAAGUCUAAGAACCGAAGAUGAAUACGAGAAGCUUGAACAAACACUCAUCAAAUAUGAGGGCGAGAUUAGAAAUCACAUAAGAGUAGAUAUUACAUUUAAUCUUCAAAUUAGCUUGAAUAGCAAUUGAAAUUGUAUACAGAAUCAAUCCAAACCAAAUUAGAUGAAAGUGAGGCAACCAGAAAUGAGUUACUUGAAACAACCAAGAAGGUUAUGAAUGUAAUGCAUGUGUCAAUAUUGUCCAUUAGAAUCUGAAGAGAGAAAAUCAAAAAUAUUAUGAAGAAAACAUGAAAUUGCAGUCUGAUAUCACUUAUUAUAAGCAGCGAAUUCAAUAAUUAGAAAAUGAUUAAUUCAAAAAGACUUUAGAAUAUGAUCAAGGGGAUCAAGAAAUUUAGAAAUUUCAUAAGAAUAGCUAAUAAAUUAAAGCACUCAUUAAAACAAAGCCUAAUAGUAAGGAAACCAAUAAAACUAGUUCCUAUUCAGAACAUAAAUUAAGUAGUUAACUCUAAGAAAGCACUGAUUACCCAACUCAAUCUCAAGGAUCUUUGAAAUAAAAUUACUUUAAUAUCCUUCAAUAUGGGUAGAAUCCUCAAUAGUAAUAAUUGUAAUAAUAAAUUUAACAACAACAACAAGAAUACUAAAAAUCAUUUCAUGGCAAACAUAAUUCAAUCUCUUCCAUUAAUGAUAUCAUUCAGUAAUAAAUAAUUAUUAAAGAUAAGAAAGGAAAUUUAAUUAGUUAAAAUGCCUCCAAAAAGAAUUCAUCAAAUUCCCAAGUGCAAUAAAAAACUAUUUAAUGUAUUAGAUAAUUUGUAUUUUUAGAAACUAUAUUAACUCAACCUAGAAGCAGAAGUGGAAGUGCUCGACGCAAUUUAAAUUAGAAGUAGAAAACUUCCAUUCUAUAAUGA